AUGGUUUCAUUCAAUAAAAUAUCUGCUUCCUUCGGUUCAAUUCUUCUCAUAUCAGCUACUAUUGUUUCUGCAGAAGAGGCUCCACAAAACUUAGACAACCCAGAAGGAGCCAUUUACAAGGCGCAUCUAGAUUCCGGUGAUAUUAAAGGUAUCAUCGAAAUUUACACUGCCAGAAAUAGUUCUGCCAAGGUUCAUUUGGACAUUACUGGUUUGCCAGAAAAAGGAGGUCCUUUCUUCUACCACCUUCAUCAAAACAAAGUUCCAGAAAGCGGUGACUGUGAAGCCACCGGAACUCAUUUCAAUCCUUAUGAAGCAUCUUUUGAAGAAUGUGAUUCCAAUCAGGAUGAUUCCUACUGUCAAGUGGGUGACUUAUCUGGAAAGCAUGGCUGGAUCAACACUACUUGCUUUCAGACUACCUACUAUGAUCCAUAUUUGUCUUUGAACAAAGAAAAUAAGGCUUUUAUUGGGGACUUGUCCGUGGUUGUUCACUACUCGGAUAUGACCAAGAUGCUAUGUGCUAACUUGUAUGAGUCCAAGCGCAAGUUCUGGAAAAAAGAGUACACCGAUGACUUCACUGAUGUCCAUCAGCAAGAAAAAAACGACAGCUACUCAAAUUCUACCUCUGGCUAUGGUGGACAGUAUGCCAACUACACUAAUAGCACUAAUGGCAGUUCUGUUGAAGGAAUCACCUCGACCUACUGUGGCAGCGCUACCAAGCAGACCAUCUCAACUUUGCUUGGUGCCUUGAUCGGCUUGCUGAUUUCCUUCUUCUAA